CUCGUAACCUCAAGCUCCGCUUUCAUCCAUCAUACAACUUGCCGCCUAACUGAUUAGACAGCACGCAUUGUUGUGCUUAUAAGUUGCCCUAACUUGCCCAUCAGAAUGUCAGAUGCCGACGGUGACUCCACGAUGCACUCGUCUCCUGAGCUAGAAAUAGCCGAUGACGAAAUGUUCCCUGACGAAGCCGCUGGCCCGAGCACACCGCGAAAUCCUCCCGCCUUCUCUCUCGACCCCCCCUCAGAGUUGUCCCCGCCAAACUCCCAAGGCCCUUCACAACUGGCUGGCCGAGAUGAGAGCUUCGUCGCUGCCCUCGCCCGAACCCCUUCGACAUCGUUGAAUGCAAACGGUAAGCGCGUACGCUCUGCAGUCAUGACCGCCGGUGUCGCAGAUAGUACACAGGUCGAUCCUGAAACUGGGUAUUGUUGGACGAAGCAGGAGGAGCAGCCGGGCUGGGAGUGGAAGAACACAAGGGCCCGGGAGGAUGAGAGUAGGGCGCUGGAGCAUAUUCAGGAUAAGGGGUCAAUGAUCAAGACCAAGUACGGUGAUCCACUCGAUGCGUCCGUCCCAGUGAAGCGGCGCUGAAAAAGGGGGUUUCAAGGACACCGCGACAGUGAAGUCAUCACGAGAAGACGCUUUGCGUUACCAACGAGGCGCUGCACCGUUAUGCUCGUUCCGCCCAAGGAGCUAACAAGCCACUCUCAUGGAGCACGCAAGACGCACCCUGGGUAUGGCCAGGGUAAUUUCGGCAGGAUGAUGGGCUAAUUCUACCUCAGCAUAUACUGCAGACAUAUAGGCAUGGAGG